UGAUGACGUCAUUUGUUAUCACACCCUAAACGGGUGCGCCUAAAUCACGUGACCGGAACACGAAAGUACACCGUGUUGGAAUUUUUUGGACGUCUAUCUCCUCAACUUUUUGUUGUUGUUUCUUUUAGAGGAGAACCGUGCCCACAUCAGAGAUGUCUGCCAAGCUGCAGAGGCUCGUGUCGGAGAAGAAGGACAUGGUGGAAACGGUGAUGGAGACCUUCGAGCAGGGCGCCGAGGUCGUGGCCAGCAUCGUGGGCGACCUCUUCCCGGUCUUCUCCAUCGCGGCCCCCAUCGUCAAGCUGGCGCUGGACAACGUGGAGAGCAAGGAGGCCAUCUUCAUGAAGGAGCAGUUCCAGAAGGUGCGCGACCGCCUAGAUGCCAUUUCCGACCAGAUGCAGCGAAUCCAUGAGGAGAUCAAGAAGAGCGGCAUGGAUGCCACCUACUUCUCUGUGGAGGAGAACAUCACCAACCAGUUCCGCAAGUACAUGGACAUCCUCAACGCCAAGCCCAAGUUCCGGGAAGUCAAGAAGAAGCUCUUCCUGGAGCAUUUCGACAAGACCGGCGGCGACAAGAACCUGCACGUUCUCUACAACGCCGUGACGGGCGACACAUUCUCGGGCGAGUCGGUGCUGGAGAUCAUCCUCAACUACGAGGAGAAAAGCCGCCGGCCCCUGGAGGAUUUCUGCGCCCGGCUGAAGAAACUCUUCUGUCUCGGAAUCAUCGCCCUCCUGGGCCACGCCGCCCUGAAGGGUUACGACGAGGAAGACGCUCUCCUCAAGGACUGGGCCGAGAAGAUGAAGGUGGUGCAGGAGAAGAUGAACGCCGUGAUCGAGGACUGCGUGGUGAGUUUCCCCAAGCAGGCCGAGCUGGAUGCCAGGCGGCUGGUGAGGGACAACCCGAGUUGGAGCAACCAGCAGCUGGCCGACGCCAUCGUCGGCAAGCUGAAGAAGAAGUACGACUGGGUGGGCUGGUCGGUGCGCGUCUUCAAAUCGCCCACGGGCUUCUUAGCCCCCAAGAUCUACCACCAACCCGCCGGGAGGAGCCGCUUUCAGGUGCCCACGUCGGACGACAAACUCAACGUGGUGGUGUCCUACAGCUCCUCGCCCGAGCCGGUGGACGGCGCCCACAUCCGCCAGCUGAUCCAGAGCCAAAAGAAGCCGGGCGUGGUGGCCGUGGCCGAAAUGCUCUUCGAGAAGGUGCCCGGCGAAUGCGCCAUCCACGCCGUGAAGACCAGCAAGGACCUGGCCUGCGCCUGGAGCUUCAGCGAUGAGCUACACUACUGGGAGGAGCACAAGAACUUGUACGUGUGCCUUCACUCGGCCUAAUGGCCCGCUGACAUCAAGACUUGACGCCUCCACGCUGCGACACUUUGCUCCCUAAUGUGCCUUGAACGCACCAUUUUGUCCUGAUAAGCCAGUUUCCCCUCUGCCACAUGAAAGUUGGCGGCGAGUCAAUCCGAAUCCAUGCCUGAAAAAAAACUCAAGUCUGCCAUUUUGUUUUCCAAGUGGACAUAUUAGGAUCAAAACUUUAAAAAACGCUUUUGAAAAAGUCCGCCCUGUAAGAAGACAACAUGAGAUUUGAAAGCCAUGUCGAUCAUAAGUACAUCCACAAAAAGUGUGAAAAGGAAGUCCUGUAUUUUCUCUUGAAAGAAGAAUUGGGGAAUCCGUUUGACUAUUCCCUUUCGACAUCGAACAUAUCCCAGAUUUUUUAUUUUUUUCAUUCAGCCCAAAAGCCAGUUUGGCGGCCCGGUGGAUAGCGUGUCGACCUCACAGUGCACAGAUCGUGGGUUCGAUCCCGGCUCCGCAUCUUCCUGUGUGGAGUCGGCCAUUUUGGGUCUGAAUCUCCCAUUUUAUAUUCGCUUUGGCCUUCUUCUUGCGACUUCAAUGUCUGACUCGUCCGAAAAUUGGAAGUACGUUUGCGAUGCUCAAGUCCGACACUUCUUAGUGUUUGUGUGAUACAGUACUUGGGCGUGGCAAAGAAGUUUGAGUUGCCAUGAACACAAAUCUCAUUUUGUCUUCUUCUGACAUCAUUAGCACACGGCUAACACACCCAUUGAAUGAUAAUUGUUUUGUCUUUGCUUCUCCCAAAGUGGUACGCCUUCAUCAAAUUUAUAUUCCGUACUUUAUGAAUGUAUGCGCUGUUAUUAACCACUAUGACCAAAUUAUGUACUGCCUAAGACGUUACUCAAGCAGUUUAUAUCUGAACUUUUUCCUCAUCUCUCACAUUGCUAAAUGUAUCUAUUUAGCAUAUUUCUUUCUUGUGUGAGGGUCGAUGUUUUCCCAAUUGAAUUGUCAAUAUAAAGAUUGAAAAUGAAAAUAA